AGUCAGUAGUAGUGCAGCGUUGGUCCCGGUCAGAUCGUUCCGCGUGUUUCUCGUUUUCCGCAGCCGUUUUGUACCGAGAGAAGAGCAGCGUUUUGUGUGGUGAGCAGAGGCCCCCCAUUGGAUUUGGUACACACAGAGAACCACCGCGAGCCGCGUUGAAUAACCGCGCGCGUCGUGUCAGAGGGAGAGAGAGAGUGAGAAGGGGAGAAAGUGAAACCGCGUUGUUCCGCCGCCGCCGCCACGGGUCGCGUAUUCUGGUCUAGCGGGACGCGCCUCGUCGCAACCUUCCCCCGACCCUGUCGACGGGUAUCGUGAGUGUGUGCCGCUUGGGAAGAAGCGCAGCAAAAGGUGAAGAAGAAGAAGACGUGUGUCAGUGCAGUCAGUGUAGGGUGUUGCGGGGUAUUCUGCGGUGUGUAACCACAUUGCCGCCCACCCCUUUACCACGUUGCGUCCCUCUGCUUCCCCCUCGUGUUCGGAGUGUAGUGGAGCAGUGCAGACCUUCCGUUUCGCCACAGCUUUUAAUUCAUUCAAACCGGCGAACCGCUCGUCGUAACCGCCAUCGCCUUCGCCCCCGGUACCCCUCUAACAGUUUGAGGUUGUCAUUCGUUUGAGCCGCCGAAAGUCGCACAUGGUGCUCGGUGCUCUCUAUUGGUGACGAGUGGGAUUAUAAAUAGUUUGACUAAUCAAGUUGUAGUAGUUGGCGCAAUAUAUUGGAUAGGAGCGAGAGGAAGAACACGAAGCAAAAGAAGACCAUAACGACGUCGAACAGCGAAAGCGAACACCAACGCUUUUCCUAAACGAUUCGACGCGUGUUUGACAUUUUGGGUCAGCGUCGUCGUCGCCGUCUCAGAAGAAGAAGAAGUUGUUGUUGGCGUCGUGAUGGCCGCCGCGGCUCAGUGAUUACGUGCGAGAUAGAGAGCAAUACUCCCGGGGAAUUAAAACGUUGAUUAAUGCGUUCAAAGUUAAGUGAACCGUUUCGGGCAAGUCAGUGAUAUACUUAUGGAUGGAAGAUAGAAACGGCACCGGGGCUUGGAAGUGUCGUUUUCGUGAAUUAAUAGUGACGAGUUGAGAGAAGAACCCGAACCGGCAUUGGAUUACCCCGGCGACAGUUCGAACAGUGACAAGAUUCUCGCGGAAGAUAACAAAUCUCCUUUCUCAUCAUUGAAUAAUUUUGAACGCGCAACAAACGGAGGAGAACCGUCAGAGGAUAAUAAACCUAGCGGAAGUGUUUUAACGAGAGAAGUUGCCCCUUUUCCUGGUCCAGUGUAAUAAGUUUCUGAGUCAGUAAGGAGAUCAAAAAGAAAAAAAAAAGUUGAAAUAAUUUGUGGCUCUCAGUUCGGAGCGAAGAUACAAGCAAAAAUCGUAAGCGUAAAAUAUAAGAGUGGAAUGAAAGUGUGUAGCUAAUUUAACACGUUGAGAUCUUCCAGAGAAAUUGCAGAAAUCGGUGCAAAUCAGCCGGCAGCGGAAAGCCGCCCCCAAAUCGAAUCGUAAUUCGAUUAAAUAUGCCGUUCUCGGCGCUGGCAGCUGUCUACCAGAGAUCAAGCCGAAAUCUUUCCCUAGCCGGAAGCAGCCGCCGUCGCUAUCAGCGUUAGCUGUCUGCUCUCUGAAAGUGGAUUACCAGUGCUAAGCAAAACCCGCUUUACUAGAUUGUUCGGUCUCAGUGCGCGAGUGUCGUCUGAGUGUGAUACGAAGUCUUCAAGUGAAAACUAUAGCAACGACUAAUUUCCAAGUGAACAGAAUCCCUCCAUCCAAUUCAACCAGACGCGAUGUAUCCCAAUUCAGGAAUCAACGCGGCAGCCGUCGCAGCCCGACAUCCGGGCCCACCGCAGUCGGCGCAACCGUUCAAAUUAACCGUAACCGAAAGCUGUGAUAGGAUAAAGGAGGAGUUCAACUUUCUACAGGCACAAUAUCACAACUUAAAAAUGGAAUGUGAAAAAUUAGCUCAGGAAAAAACGGAAAUGCAGCGGCACUAUGUGAUGUACUACGAGAUGUCAUACGGUCUAAAUGUCGAAAUGCACAAACAGACGGAGAUCUCGAAAAGGUUAAAUGCAAUAAUCACCCAGAUUGUACCGUUCCUGUCGCAGGAGCACCAGCAGCAGGUCCUGACCGCAGUCGAGCGGGCGAAACAAAUCACCAUGUCCGAGCUGAACGCUGUGAUAGGGCAACAGCGACCGGAUCUGCCUCGGCUACUCCAGCAGAUGCACGCCCAGCAGAUCCCCGGAGCCCACGGAGCGCCUCCAAUGCCUGUCGGUAUGCCUCACCCUAGUCUUGGCCCUGGUGCCCUCGGGGGACCCCUGGGAGCCCUUGGAAGCACACCACCCCAGCACCCUUUAGCCAUCCUCAACAAACAGGAACUGCACCGACCGGAGGAGUCCAAGAGCAGCAAUAGCAACAUCAUGCCCCUGGACGACCGACAUCGAAGUUCCAUUUCACCCACCGACCGAGACAAGUACCGACCGCGGACGCCCGAGUCUUCCCACGAGCUGAAGAAGGUCAAGAAGGAGGAGAAGGACAUGGGUCAUUCCGAUGGGGAAAAGUCAGACCAGGAUCUCGUAGUUGAUGACGCUUCGGAGAUUAACCCGAUGAGCCCGAUGCCCAACCAGCACCAUAAUGGAACUGCUUCCCCUCGCGAGAAUGGCAUGAUGCCAAAAAAGCUAGACGUUCAGGACCGUGAACGCAUCGGAACCCACUCACCUCGAUCAGGAACUUCCUCCAAUGCUUCCACCCCGUCCAACAAGAAAAUGGACGAUAAACCAACGACACCGAUCGCCAAACCUGCCACGCCGACCAACUCCCAGGCCGCCAGCAAUGGGGUGCCGAAGGUCGUCAACAAGCCACCAGUAUUGAACCCGGGCUAUCCGCCGUACCUGGGUGGGCCUUUGAAUGGAGCACCACACGAACUGCAAGCCGCCUACGGAGGACCCGGAGUGCACAACAAUCUGCCCCACUCGUUGAACAACUAUGCGCGGGCGCCGCUGGCUUUCGAUCCGCACCCGCAGAUGCGGGCCCCACUGGGGCCGAUUGCGAUUCCCGGAGGAAAACCUGCCUAUUCCUUUCACGUGAACGCCGAGGGCCAAAUGCAACCGGUGCCCUUUCCGCAGGACGCCCUGGUAGGACCGGGGAUUCCGCGGCACGCCCGCCAAAUUAGCUCCCUCAACCACGGCGAAGUGGUGUGCGCCGUAACGAUCUCGAACCCCACCAAGUACGUCUACACCGGCGGCAAGGGCUGCGUCAAGGCGUGGGACAUCUCCCAGCCCGGCAACAAGAAUCCCGUCUCGCAGCUGGAUUGCCUGCAACGAGACAACUACAUCCGCUCGGUGAAGCUUCUGCCCGAUGGUCGGACGCUGAUCGUCGGCGGUGAGGCGUCCAAUCUUUCAAUUUGGGAUCUCGCUAGUCCAACCCCGCGCAUCAAGGCCGAACUGACCUCGAAUGCACCGGCCUGCUAUGCGUUGGCCAUCUCACCCGACUCGAAAGUGUGCUUCUCGUGCUGCUCCGACGGUAACAUUGCCGUGUGGGAUCUGCAGAACCAGACACUGCUGCGACAGUUCCAAGGUCACACCGAUGGAGCUUCCUGUAUUGAUAUUAGCGCUGAUGGUACAAAACUGUGGACCGGUGGUUUGGACAACACCGUACGAUCCUGGGAUCUGCGAGAAGGCCGACAACUACAACAGCACGAUUUCACCUCCCAGAUCUUCUCGUUGGGUUACUGUCCCACUGGAGAAUGGCUCGCCGUCGGUAUGGAGAACUCCAACGUCGAAGUGCUGCACGCCACCAAACCCGACAAAUAUCAGCUCCAUCUGCAUGAGAGUUGUGUGCUGAGCUUGAAGUUUGCCGCCUGCGGCAAGUGGUUCGUGUCCACCGGCAAGGACAACCUGCUGAACGCGUGGAGGACGCCCUACGGUGCCUCGAUCUUCCAGUCAAAGGAAUCAUCCUCCGUAUUAAGCUGUGAUAUCUCGGCCGACGAUAAAUACAUCGUGACCGGGUCGGGCGACAAAAAGGCUACCGUCUACGAGGUCAUCUACUAGUGGUACUAGACUGGAUCGCCAAGAGAACCCCACCACCCCGCAAAUCCUCCUCCUUUUGGCUAAAAGGGGAACCAACACUAAGCAAACAACACUGAAACAAAUCUUAACACCACUUGCGUUGACCGGACGCGUCGAAAGCUGGUGCACCAAAAGUGUCAUAUAUUGGAUUGUUUGGCUGGAAUGCAAGCGAAACAAACGAAGUUACAAAAACGUAAAACAGUAAUAACAAAGAGAUGGAAAUUAACCUGUAAAGCCUGAUUACACUCAUUAAGCUACACUUUAAGCUAUAAAACGCAAAACCCAUUUAACUGUGUAUCAUAGUAACGUCUUGUGUCUCCGCAAGCUCACAGAGAAGAAACUCCUAUAGUUUUCUGCAGCAAGAAUGUCUCAAAUGUAAAAAUGCCUAACCUUCCCCCCCUAGUUUUGAGCGUAAGGACUAUACAACUUAUUCAUUAGUAGAAAAUCAGGAAAAAGUGCUCUCAAAGAAAGAUGAACUUCUCAAUCUCCGACGGCAGUGUCCCAUCCCAUUGUAUUAUAGAUAUCGUUAAUGCAAAAGUGCUCUGGAUCUUUUGUUCUAGUUUGAUUUCUGAGACCUGUUCGAGGACAACAGCUUAAAUCCGUUGUAGUGGAUCGACGAUUCCCGUUCCCGUUGUUGGGGGACGCAGUAGGACUUUGUUUCUUAGUUCAUAAUGUAUAGUAAGUAGAUUUGUUUAUUUGUCCCACACAAAGUAGUAAUAAUGGGAAAGCUUUACUUUCUGUUGAAUUCAUUGUCGCGAAACACACACUAUUUCUAGGAAAAAAAGAGCGAAAUUAGCGAUUCAGUAGAAUGCUUGUGUUAAUACUAGUUUGUAGGUGUUCUCCUCGUGGGUGAACGCAAAAUUGAAUCAUUUAUUUGUGGCAAAGAGAAAAUUUAAUGAAGAAGCAUUAGCAAAUAUUCGUAACGACAUCAGCAGAACAGCAGACUCGG